GAUUUGCAUAGGAAAUUUUCCUUUGAAGCCUUUUGGUUUGUAGGAAUGGAUUCCUAUUCAUAUGUAGGAUAGGAAUCAAUCCUUCACAUUUUGGAGGAAAAAAAACAUUAGCUAAGACUCAAUGAAAAAAUUCCUAUCCUAUGUAUCAAAUGACAUCUUUUUCUCUAUAGGAAUUGAGAUACAUAUCAUCUCACUUUCUAUAAUCUUCCUAUUCCUAUAAUAUUCCUAAACAAGGUUAUUUUAACCUUUCUUUUUUCUGCCAUAUCGGCGAUAAUAAUUGUUUUUGCUUGGUAACUUUGGGCAUGACCAGCGUGAUAACUAUGACUUGAGCAACAUGAUAACUAACUAUGAUAAGCCUGAUAACUAUAAUAUGAGAAGGUUAAUGACUAUACAAUGAGAAGCACGAUAACUUUACCAUGGGGUAGUGGUAACUUCACACUGGGGUAUGUUUUGACAACAAAAAGUUACCGGGACAUGUUUCAGUAACGUUUUUCACAUGGGUAAAGAGUUAUCAGAUGUGUUGUAUGUAUGUUACCGGUUGUCUGGUGCGUAAAUUACCAUGCUAUUUGCACUAGGUUAUCAGAGCAUAUUUCUUGAACUUUUCGCCCAAGGUGAAAAGUUAUCAAUGCGUUUACAUGUAAGUUAUCAGGUUAAUUGUACGUAAGUUAUCAUCUUAUUUACACAGAAAGCUAUCGGGGGUAUAUUUUAACAAUGUGUUCACCUUAGAUGGUAAAAAAGUGGUAUUUUAUUUGAACUUGUCAGGAGCCAAGUAGUGGGUGAGUUGGCUACUGUGUUAAGAUCUCAAUAUUAAAGUCUUGAGUUCAAUUAUCAGCUUUAUCAUAAUUUUUUAGGCUAUAAAACUACAAGGUCGAAACUACAAUAUGGAAACUACUAGCAUCAAGAUUUGUUUCCAACAUCUUUUUCUCUCAAAAUUAUCAGGCCUGCGAUGUGUGAGUUAUCAAGCUAUUCGCACAAAAAAUAACCAAGGGGUAUUUCAUCAACGUGCCUUCCUCCACCCGGUCGCCAAAUUUACCAAGACCUAUGCACAUAAGUUAUCAGGUCAGCGAUGUGUGAGUUACCGUGAUAGAAAGAAGAUUUUUUAUAAAUCACUUCGGGUGAGCGGGGCCUUCAAGCGGCCUCAAUACGCCGGGGCUGUAAAUGACAUACAUAUAUUCACAUAAAAGUUAUCGGAGUAUAUUUCAUCACCUCUAUUGGCCAAAAGUUAUCAAGACCGGGUUGCAUAAGUUAUCAGGUCUUCGAUGUAUGAGUUAUCAUGCUAUUCACACCAAAAGUUUCCGGGGGAUGUUUCAUCAACACCCACCCCUACGCCAAAAGUUAUCAGGACUAAGUUAUAUAAGUUAUCAGAUCUGUGAUAUGCGAGUUAUCAGGUCUAUGAUGUGUGAGUUACCAUGCUGUUCACACAAAAAGUUACCAAGUGGAUGUUUUAUCAACUCCCCCCUCACCCCCACCCCCGCAUGAAAAUUAAUAGGGUGUUAUCAACUUGAGACUCAUGAAACUAGAUAUCAUGAUGAUUGUAUGUGAGUUAUCGAAGAAAUCCAAAGAAAAAGAACAAGAAUUUUUUUCCAUUUCUUUUCUCAUAUAGUAGUAAAAAAAGGUACAAAUACCUCGUUAUCUUUUGAUAGAGAACAACCAGUACUAGUUGUUGUAUUGGUAAGGAUGAUGUGUAUAAACACAACAGGUGCUAGGUUUGAGUCCUACACGUAGCACUUAUAUUUUUUUUAACGCUGAAGGAAAAAAAGGCGGGCAGGAGCGACAGGAUCAGAAAGAAAGAUCGAAGGGAAAAAAAGCGAUCGUAAAGAAAGAUCGAAGUAAAAAAAAUUGGCGGGUGCGAUCGUACGUAUCUGUCGCUAACUGCCAGUCGGCAGGAGAAUAGCUUUCUCGAAAAAUUAAAGGUGAGAUAGUUGAGGCGGUUUUCAAGAAAAAAACCGAUAAAAAUAAUCCUUACAAAAAGAAAGAGAAGAGAUAAUAAUCCCGGUCGAUCGAGUCCGGUUCCGAUCCCAACUACGAUCGGCCCGUCCAUCCUAUAUUCUACCUACAAAUACUCUGGCGAUCGAUCGAUCCUGCCCAGCAAAUCAAUCAAGCAAAAGUGCAGAGUCAAACUAGAACGCGAUCGAUGGCGGCCGACUUGGACCUGGACGACGUGAUCCAGCGCCUCCUGGACGCGGAGGCGCCCCUGAGCUCGCCGUCCGCCGCCCCGCCGCUGAAAGCCGAGGAGAUCCGGCACCUCUGCGCGGCCGCCAAGGAGCUGCUCCUCAAGCAGCCGACGCUGCUCGAGCUCUCCGCCCCCAUCAACAUCUGCGGCGACAUCCACGGCCAGUACGCCGACCUCCUCCGCCUCUUCCGGGAGACCGGGGCGCCCUCCGCCGCCAACCGCUACCUCUUCCUCGGCGACUACGUCGACCGGGGCACGCAGAGCCUCGAGACCAUCUGCCUCCUCCUCGCCUACAAGCUCAAGUACCCGGACGCCUUCUUCCUCCUCCGCGGCAACCACGAGUGCGCCGCCCUCAACAAGCAGUACGGCUUCUACUCCGAGUGCGCGUCCCGCGGCCCGCGCGUGAGCCACGCCGAGGGCACGUCCCGAGCAUACAAGCUCAGGUACCCGGAGAGGCUCUGGGAGGAGCUCAACGCCGUCUUCGCCUGCCUCCCGCUGGCGGCGCUCGUCGGCCGCGAGGGCGGCAGGGGUGGCAAGGACAAGAAGAAGAUCCUGUGCGUGCACGGCGGGCUCUCGCCGGAGCUGGAGAGCCCGGACCAGAUCCGCGGGAUCAAGCGCCCGCUGGCGGACGUCCCCGAGCACGGGCUCGUGUGCGACCUGCUGUGGUCGGACCCCGCCGCGGACGGCGACGACUGGGGGUGGGGGGACCCGCGCAGGUGCACAUCCUUCACCUUCGGCGCCGACGUGGUGGAGGAGUUCUGCGAGAGGCACGGGCUGGCCAUGGUAUGCAGGGCGCACGAGAUGAAGGACGGCGGGUACAACCAAGACUUCGCCGGCGGGAAGCUUGUCACCGUGUUCUCCGCACCCAACUACUGCGGCAAGUGUGGCAACGACGGCGCCGUCAUGACGGUCGCCGGUGACCUCGCCUGCUCCUUCCGCGUCUUCCACCCUGAUACUGCCGCUGCUCCUCCUCCGGCUCCUAUUUAUCUGUAGUCCAAUACAUAUACUCCGUAUAUUGAUGUUAGUUUUAGACGCCUUGUCAUGUAAUGUAAUCUCCAGCUCGUCGUGUCUUUGUUUUAUUAAGAAGAAAUUUCAGUUUUUGAAUGUAUUGCAGGUUUUUA